GCAAACCCUCCCCCCUCUCCUCCCUUCUCUACUUCCUCCUUCCAGAAAACUUCACGCCCCUCCCCUCCCGCCCUCCGCAGUCUUACCGCCGAUCCAAAGAGGAUCCGGAAACCGCCCCCGAUUCCACCUUUGAUGAUGAAAUCGACGGAGGAGGAUGAGGUUCAUGAGAGGCAGGCAGAGCUGCCUGAGGAGAACCGUACUCACUCGCCGCCGCGGCCAAGGCUCUCGCAAUCCCGCCUCCAUAACUUCUCCUUCCCGACCCUCAGCUGGGGGCGCCACAAGCUCCUGCGGUGCAUGAACCUCAAGGGCGGUGCCACCAGCGAGAACGCUGGAUCGGUGGUCCCGGCGGCGGCGCAGCACGACCCCCGGGAUGGCCAGAAGCGCCCGGCCUCUUCCUCCUCCCCAGAGAAAUCCCACCCUCCGUGGGCGCCUCCGGGGGCGAGAGACUCCAAGGAGGCCGAUGAAAGAUCACCGGAGGAAGGGGAGAGAGAGGAGUCCUCCUCAUCUGCUGCUGCUGCUGCGGCGGCGGCGGCCAUGAGGCCAUGGAAUCUGAGGACGAGGAGGGCUGCCUGUAGUGCUCCAACGGAGAACGGGCGGCCCCGGAACCCCAAUUCAGCUGCUGGGUCGCCAUCUCCACUGGCGGCCGAGAACAGCAACCUGGUGGCGAGGCUGGUCAGGCUGAGACUAGAUGGCGCGGAGAAGGGGGAGCGGCAGAAGUUCUCGAUCUCGCUGUCUCGCGAGGAGAUAGAAGAGGACUUUUUGUUGUUCAAGGGAACGAAGCCUCCUCGGAGGCCUAAGAAGAGGCAGAGGAUCGUUCAGAAGCAGCUGGAUUCUGUUUUACCCGGUUUGUGGCUGUCCGAGAUAACUCCUGAUUUGUACAAAAUUGAUGAGUAAGAAGUUAAAGGAUGUGAUCAAAGUGGAUGUUUGUUUGUGAAGAAAGCUUCAGGGUUUUUAGUUGCUGACUAUUACUUUAGUCCUGUGUCCAUGGUUAGUGUGGUUUUGUAGCACACCGUAUUGAUCUGUAAAUUAAAAGUGUAAAUAAAGGUGUUUAAAGUUUGCAUUUUGAUAUGCUAUGCAAGCUUGCUUCUUUA